AUGCUCCCGCGUUCUUCCGGGGCUCUGCUCUCGUCCCCCGCCUCCCGCUGUCUCAUUUUCCUCAAUUCCUCUGAUCGGAGCCACCCCUCAGCCCGGCGCCGCUGGUCAGCUCCCGCUUGCCCGCCCUGUACAUGGACUCGUCUUGCCGGGGGAUCUCGGACAUCCCCGCGGUCUCACGUGUCGGUGAGGGUCCGUUGCUACGCGGCAGGGUCUCCUGCGGAAGCCGGGACGACAGUGAAGCGGGAAUCCUCGGAAACGGAGGGAACUGCGCUCGAAGUCGAAUCUGGUGUGGAUGCAGAACGGGACGGCGCGGAGAUCAGCGUAGGAAUCGGAAGCCCUAGUUUACCGGUGCAGCUACGAUCGUUCAAGAUGAGUCACGGUGACCAGGCAUUCUUCGUCUUGGCCUUUAUCGCAUGCACGGUGCGAACUCUUGUCUUGUUUCUAGUGACGCGUUUUCUAUUUUCUUUUGCUAUUCAGUUUUUCUGUUGCUCUUGGAUGAACUAAUUUAGAUUGUCCUGAUUCGCAUCUCUGAUUGAUUUAUCCUCCAGAUUGUGAAUCAUUCCUCGAUCUUAGGGAUCUAUCAGGUUAUACUCAGAAUGAAAUUUCGGGGUUUUCGCUGAUGAGACGUGUCCUUUUGAAUUUUGCAGACUUCCGUCGCAUUUACCAGUCUGGUGAUUGCAGCUAUUCCUACACUUUGUGUAAGUUACUGAAGCUUCAUUUCCUUGAUAGAAGGUGAAAGUUUCAUGACAUAAGGCCAUUUUGCUUUUUAUCUAAAGUUAAGAUAAAACUAUGUGUAGACACUGUUCCAUGUGCAUCAGCAAACUACUUGAUUGCUUGCAAAAACUUUCCUUGCAGUGAGGUCUUUUAUAUCUUACAUCGUACUCCAGAAUGAAUUUCAAUCUCUUUUUUGGUUUAGCUUUUCUAAAAGAUUUAAUACCCCGACACAAUUAUUUUUUUGAUCAUUUAUUCUUUAUUUUUUUAUUUCACGAGUUUAGAUCAUAAAAUAAUAAGGUACUGCUGAUCUGAUUAGACCUUAUGGACACUUCUCUUCGCAAAUUUUUAUUAGACGGAUUGCUGACACCACCAUAUAGGGAGUUAUGGUUCGGCAGACAUCUGGCAGAAACUUCAGCAUUCGUGCUCUCCUCACCGCAGUGGUUAAUGCGAACAAUGUUAAUGUGGUGCUUCAUCGAAUCCACUAUUCAAAAUGAAUUUCUAAUGUUCAUUACGUGCAUUAGUUGGCCCGUACUGAGAUAAUGCGUAUCCCUUCUACACAUUGUGAUCGAAAAUCACCCUGUAAACGUGAGUGGCUUUCUGUAGUUAGCAUGCCAUUAUUUGAUAUCAUUCUGGAUGGGAUGAUUGAGCUGUGUCUUCUGUGUACUUUAUUUAUGAGUUUUGCUGUGACGAAUACAUUUGUUUCAGGAAACUUGGAUUUAGUUAUCUGGAUGCAUCUUUGAGUUUUUCUUGGUUGUCUUUAACGACCAACAUGAAUAGAUAUCCUUUUUCCUUGUAUUAGUCUUGGCUUAACCUGUGAUGAGAAAUUGCCAUCUCACAUGGGCUUUUUGAUACUCUGUGGUGGCUGACCUAUCAAUGCUUCUGUUUAUUGUUUAAUUUUAAUAAUUACAUCUGUGAAUUGUAGCUUGCCUUAAAACUAAAGAGCUAAACUUAUAUUUAGAGCCAUUUAAUGUCUGAAAAAAUUAAUGGAACAAACUAAUUUGGGGGACUCUCUUGUCAUCCUUUUUUCCUUCAAGAAAGAUUUUGAGCUAUCCAUAGCUGUUCAUAUGUUCCUCCGGCCAAAGCAGUUUCCAGAAUAAUAAUUUACUGGUCUGGAGUUCAGCAUGUAACUUUUUUUUUAACCAUAUUUCACCUCUUAUUGACAAUUAUCAUUUUUCUGUCAGUAUACUAAGGUUUCUAAAAGACUUGAGAUCCUAAAAAUUUCACAGUAAGGAAACGGAUUUCAUAGUCUUGUUAUUGCUAAUUAUUUUAUGAAACUACUUAAUGUUUCCCCUAAUUGAGGUGAUUUUUUAAUUUAUCAGCUUGUGGCUGUAAAGUACUCUCUUUUGGAUUACUUUUCUCUCGCUAGCCAACUUCUGGUAUACCUGAAUUUAAUUCUAAUCAUUCGCCCUUACUUCACCAGGCAAUAAAGAGAGCUGCAAUAUCUCUUGCAAAAUUAGCCGAUACUGCACGGGUGGAGCUUCCUAGUACCAUGGCUGCAAUUAGACUCUCUGGCAUGGAGAUCAGUGAUCUUACUCUAGAACUGAGUGAUUUAAGGUGACAAAGCAAGUGCUAAUACUUUAACGAAAAUUAUUGUUCUUCAUCCAGUGUGCAGUGUAGAAGCGGUGACCCUACAAUAUUUGGAGAUCAGUGAAACCAUGCAAAAGGGGUUUUACUUCUUGAGUUCCAACUGCAAUGUCCUAUGUCGUUAUGCUGCUGAUUUUUGGUCAACAUACUGAAAUAGUUUCUUGAUUCUCUGGUGGCUACAACUAAAAGUUGUUUUUGACUCCAUUGUUGAAUUUUCAGUUAUUAUCCUACAUCUAGCAGUGUUCAGCUUGGUUAAACUCUCUGUUUUUAUUUUAUUUCUUAACUGAAGAGUUUGAUGCACUCCCUUUGCCUAUUACCAAUGUCAUAAAAAUUUUCGGGUAUUUUCGACUCCGAUAAACUCAGAAUUUCAGCUAGUCCAGCGCUAACUCUUCGAUAUAUUUCUUCCUUCACCUUAUCUUUUCUGUGUCCCCAAUCAAGAACUCCAUAAUCUUGUUCCUUGCUGAUAAUACAACUAUUUAUCUAUAUUUUUUACAGCCCUAGGUUGUUCUAUUUUUCAUUGUCAACAGUUAUCAUUUCCAUUGAAAUUGUUUUGCUUAUUUCUCAAAAAUAUCACUUUGCAAGAUUGAAGGUUUGUGUAUUCUCAAGGUUAGGUUAUUGACUAAUUUCUCAUCAUUAAUUUAUUUCCUCAUGAAUCAAUAUUAUCUUCAUUUAGUCGUUGCCUUUCAACAAGAUUGUAGUUUUUAGCAUUCUACAUAUUAUCAUUGCAAUUAGAUGGACGUUUUGGGGAGAUUUGUAACAUUAUUUUUCUUCUCAAGGGAUUUCAUUAAUGCCAAAUAGAACGUAUGAGUUAUGUUUUGAUUCGGCCCAGCUACUAUACUAGCCAUCUAAUUAAAUAAUAUCCCUUCUCAAUUGUGUAUACCCAUCCCAACCAUAUAUCUCUGGCGUGCUAGGCAAGCUGAACCACACUGCCCUUUGCAAGAUCCAAAAUGCUUCCCGCCUUUAAUGGAGAAAUCUAUUAUCUGAUGAAGAGGCUGUUUUCAAUCUAUAAAAGGCUCUUCAUUUUUCCCAGAGAGAUGAUUCACCGACAUGAUAUUGCCUUCUCAACCUAGGUCGUCUAGGGGCCCUAGAACAUCAUCAAAUUGAUUGACCGAAACAAUUUUGGAUUGUCAGCCCUGGUCAACAGUCAACUUGACUUUUUAGAAUCCAAGUGCAUAGUCGUGGGGCAGAAAGAGGGUUUGUAGAAAAUCUCUUAGAGAUUAAUUAAUUGGUGGGAAUUUAACUUUUUUCUUGUUCUCAAAUUAGAAAUCGUUCCCUUUGAGUGGAAGGAACUGGGUCCAAUUGAGUGAUCCGUGAUCCUUUUCCCAUUGCCCAGAUCUGGAAAGAUCUCUCUGUUGUGGAAAAUAGAGAUUGACUAUACCACUGAUAGUCAACGAAAAUAAACCAACUGUUAGAUCAAGAGAAUGCUACCAAACUUGCCAAAACUCACAGUAGAAUCCAAAAGAUUCUGUGUUAAAAAUCUUGAGAAAACAAUUUUUGAAAGUUCCAUAAGUGUGACUCUCUCUCUCUCUCUCUCUCUCUCUCUCUCUCUCUCUCUCUCUGUCUCUUCUUACUAAAUUAUUUAGUGGAGGUGUCAUACAUACAAUUUUUGAGCCAUGUUUCUUAUGCAACCAAAACUUGUGCAAUCCAGCCAGGAGAUUGCCGAUGGCGUCAACAAAUCAGCUCAAGCGGUGCAAGCAGCAGAAGCUGGAAUCCGAAAGAUUGGUCAUUUAGCUCGGCAUCAAACCAUGAGUAUGCGUUCAAAACCCUUACGAUCUUCGUCUUUUUCUCCUCCUCAGGCAUGUUCAUUGCAUCCCCCCAUGCUGGAUCUUGCAGCCAUAAUUCAAGAACGGGCCAGCCUGCCCGACAUCUCUCUUCAGCCCAUGGUUGAAGGAGCCGCGAAGAAUACUUCCCAUGCCAUUAAGCAGGUGAGGAAGACCUUCUUGAACAUCAUUUCUAGAGGUGAAGAUAUCUCAGAUAGAGUGGAUGACUGA